GGGGAGGAGAGGAGGCAGCCAGCUCGGCGGAGAGGGAAGGGACGGGACCCGGCGCCCCACGGGCCAUGCGUCUCCUGGCCACGGCGCUGGCCGCCCUGCUGGCCUCGGCCCCGGCCCCAGAUGUUUGUAAGGCUUUAAAUGUGACAGUCUCUCCAGGACCAACAGUGCGGUACUCUGAGGGAGAUAAUGCUACCCUUUACUGCCACAUUUCUCAAAAGAGAAAGACGGACAAUUUGCUGGCUGUGCGGUGGGUCUUUGCUGUGUCACCCACCCAGGAGUAUCUGAUGAUCAAAAUGACCAAAUUUGGGUCUGUCCAGUAUUAUGGGAAUUAUACUCAUCAUUUCCACAAGCAAAGACUUCGUCUUCAUAAAGAAAAACAUGGAACUAUGUACAAAUUUCUUAUUCUAAGCCUCCAGCAAACAGAUCAAGGACAUUAUAUAUGUAAAGUUCAGGAAAUUGGAAAACACAGGAAUAAGUGGACAGCCUGGUCAAAUGGUACAGCAGCUACCGAAAUAAGAGUUAUUUCAUCAAAAGCUUCUGAUGAUCCCACUUACAAGAAAAAACAUGAAGCUUGGAAGUUUUUUGAAGAUCUGUACGUGUAUGCAGUGUUUGUGUGCUCAAUAGGAAUCAUCAGUGUCCUCCUUUUUACACUCGUCAUUCUCUGUCAGUCACUUCUGAACAAGAGGAGAUGCACAGUGAAGCAUUACCUGGUGAAAUGCCCCCAGAACAGCUCAGGGGAAACAGUGACCAGUGUGACGAGCAUGUCCCCUCUGCAGCCCAAGAAGCUGAAGAAAAGGAAAGAGAAAGCAGAGCUGCCACCAGCCAUCCCAGAAAAAGCUCCAAUAGCCAAUAUUCCUAAGCCCAAACUCUUGAAACCUCAAAGAAAAUUGAUGCUGCCAAAAAUUGCAGAGGAAAAUUUAACGUACGCUGAGCUUGAACUUAUGAAGCCGAUUCAGGAAGCCAAAGGCAUUCCCAGUACGACAGUCUACGCACAGAUACUCUUUGAGGAGAACAAGAUGUAACAGUUCAUGCCUGUAUAACUGUCCUUUGUCUGUGUUCUAUUUAAUUCUUGCUGUGCUGUUUAUUUAUAAAGAUCAUACAAAUGUCCAUAUUUUUUUAUUGACAUUCAUGUGACUGUUUCUAUGUGACUUUUUCUAUGUGACUUUUAAACAAAAGGGAGUUGAAAGUAAUCACAGAAUAAGCAGAUGGUUGACAAGUGACAUCCCAGAGACAACCUUGCAGUGUUUGCCCCCUCCAUUUAAAAGAGGAUGAAGCUCCACUUCGGGCAUUUUCAGUGCUAAUCUUUAUUCCUUCUUUGACACUAAUGUGACAAGUCCAGCUGCAAACAUAGACAUCAGAGCCACCUCAGAAAUACUGGCAACAGGAUCAGUGCGCAUUGGCCUCCUCCACCAAAGAAAGACCACUGACCAGAAGUUCAUCAAAUUUCGGCUGUUCAUCGCACCAGAAAAAUAUUAAUUCAGUAAAAUUGAGAUUUUUUUUUUCCCACAGCAAAUGGAAAGCUAGCAUUACUUUUUCUGCCUUGCCCCAGCUCAUAGUAGUUAUCAAAAAGUUUGGCUUCUGUAUUUCCAACUUCUUUCCCUUUCUGUAUACCCUUCUUAUGUACUUCAAAUCAAACACUUCAAAAUAAUCCAAAGGAAACACUCCUUGAUAAACCGCACCAAUGUGAGGAAAAAUAUUUAUAGCUCGGGAACAUUUUCCAGGAUUUGAUGUUUUUAUGUUCUGGUUGAGAAUAGGAAAAAGCUGAUAGCGAGUAUGAAACUUCCAGAGAACCAGGACACUGGUUUUGGCCUUGCUGUAGGCUGGUGCUCCUAAACCUGCAAAAGUUUCCUCCCAUGGUCUGUUAGCAAGCUGCUGAUGUGGAAGGAAAAUCACAGAUCACCUCCUUUAGCACAGAGCAGACUCUGUAAUGCCCAGUUCACUUAUCCUGGAGUUGUUUCUCUGGAAAGGCCAUGGCUUGGGAGAUGGGAAACGGGGCUGCAAAAAUGCUCUUCUUGCUUCCCCUCUUGCUAGCUGGGAAGGGAUUAUUCCUUUCCCUAUGAUAUCUAUUGAUGAAAAAUGGUUAUUCUCUGGCAUGCCAAGCUCCUGAAUUUUCAAUGCUCUGUCUCCACUCGUGGUCAGGGGUUGAACACCCAGCCCCUUUCUGCUGUUGGAAGCUUUAGCCCUCGAGUAACUGCAGAGUUAACAGGGACAUAAAAGCAUGGGUUCUUUAGCCCAUUCUCAGGCCUGGAUGUCUGAUGUUCAGCAUGUGCCAGGUGCUCUCCAGGCCUGCAUAAGGCAGAGGCAGCCCCCUGAUGACAUUCAUUCAGCAGCAUAAGUGUGGGUUUUUGAGUAGCACUGGUGGGCCGUGUGCUUUGAAACUCUUAAUCAGGUUGAUCCAGGUACCUUCUUCCUUUCCAGGUCAGGCCUUUAUAGUGACACAGCAAGUUCAUGGCAGGGCUCAGUGCACAGCUGGGAACCCUCUCAGGAGCCCUCAUGCUGCUGCUGCCAUUAGCACUUCGGAGCAGAGGGCAGUAGCAGCUCUGCAGGGAGGGACAUGAGACAGAGAAGAGCUGUCUUUGGAUGAGAAAUCCAUAUAAACUGCUCUUAAACUUUUCUUGAAUGGGGAUAGAGAUUACGUGUCAUAGAUAAACUGUUACCUUGCAGACAGGGUGAGUAAAUGAAAAAUGCAGCCACCUGCUUCCAUGCUAGUUGAAAACCUCUUUUAUAAGAGAAGAAUUCAAGAUUUGUCAGGCUGGCCUUUGUGUACAGUACUAAUCCCACCCCUAGCUCCUCACUGACAUGGUUCUUUCCAAACUAAAGCCAGCUUUUAUUAAAAGGACUUCUGCUAGCAAUUAUUUGCAUUUUUUUAUGUUUGGGUUCAUGAGCUGUCAAGGAUAUUUGUGUUACCUUCUUAUUACCACAGGAAUUUAAUCACCCACCAAAACAGCAUGCCAUCGCUCCUCUUUCUCUCAUGAGCUUUGAAUUCAUUGACCAAAAAAACCUGGUGCUUAAACAAUCAUCGAACAUUCAGGGAUACAUUCUGCAACAUUCAGAGUCUGAAUAUUCAGAGAGGAGAGCUAUAAGGAAGGCAUUAGAAAGUUACAGGACUUAUUAGUAAUUUUUUGGAAUUAAAAAUACAACCCUAACACAUUACUAAUUUGGUCACUUAAUUGCAAAAACUUCACAAGUUUGGUAUAUAAACAUUGCUUAUAUAUUCAACUGGCCAUUAUGUCCAUUGUUCAGACAAGUCCUCUACUAUAUGCUUAUACCCAGUAUUUUAAUGAAUACCAUUCUUUAUGUAUUAAUAUUCUAUAUAUUCUUGUUUAUGUUUUAUAUCUAAUUCCCCAAAAUAAUAGUUAAUUGAGCUAAAUAAAUUACCUUUUUGUCAAGAUAA